GGGCAAGGGCGGUGCUGCGGGUCGGAAGGGCGGCGGCAAGGGUGGUGGUGGUGGCGGCAAGGACCGCCCCUCCUCCUCCUCCACCGCUGCUGCUGCUGCUGCUACUGCCUCGGAGGUUGCUGCUGCUGCUGCCGGUGGGCCGCUGGACGUGAGGGAGCAGCUGGAGUGGCUGUCGAGCUGUCUGGGCAGGGGGCCCGGCGAGCCGCUGCGCGCCCAGGUGGUGGAGGCCGCCAUGGGUCAGCUGGGUCUGGUCGGGCAGCCGGAGGAGGGCUGCCUGAAGGAGCUGCUCAGGGAGUAUGCGCCGGCGCUGGGGGAGGCGCUGCUCAUGCGGCUGGUGGAUGACACCCAGCUGGCACCCAAGCUGCUGCACAUCGGUGACGACCCCGCCCGCGCCGCGCUGUUCUCCGAGUUCCUGCGCCGCACCCGGCUGGGGGAGCAGCUGGUGGCGGGGGAGCCGCGGGAGGCGGAGGGGCCCGGUUUCCUCCCCGAGUCGGAGCGCUUCACGCGGCGUGUGGCGCAGUUCUGCAGCGGGCUGGCGGGGCUUCCGGUGCUGCGGAGGUUCGAGGUGGUGGAGGCGCUGGGGCAGCGGUUCGUGACAUUGGCCCGCAUGGAGAUCAGCGAGGCGGGCGCCUCGGAGCUGCUGCCGCCGCACUUCGAGCUGCCGGGCAGUCCGACGGAGGUGCUGGAGUCGUCGUACGAGCCGUCGGC